ACGAGCUGAGCCGAUCGACAGAGAAUGUGGUGCGGCGGAAAGAAAGAGCGCAAAGCCUUGGCGAGCUUAAUGACGAGUCGCUGCCGCCUUCGCCUCUCCUUUCUCCCUUUCUUGACUGCUUUGUUCGCUUGCCCGCUGCCGUGUUCAUCUCGCGAGUUGGAACUGGGAAUCGAGUCAUCCAAACAUGAUCCUCUUCUGCAACAAGACAGUUUUGCCCUCUCCAUUCAUUUUGAUCCAUCUAAAGUAAUUCAACUGACAUGGCAUCCAAGGGUGUUCUUUUAUGAAAGAUUUCUCACUGAUGAGGACUGCGACCACCUAAUUACCUUGGCUCAAGGUAAGCUGGAGAAAUUAGUGGUUGACGCUAGCAAGGGGAACAGUACGGCAAGCAGCCUUGAUAUAAGCAGUGGGAUGUUCUUGCCCAGGGGUCAGGAUGAAGUUGUCUCUAAAAUUGAGGAAAGAAUAUCCACAUGGACCUUUCUUAAAAAAGAAAAUGGUGAGAACAUGCUGAUCAUGCAUUCGUUGGCCAAUGAAAGUUAUGAACCACAUUAUGACUACUAUCAUGAUGAAUCCAAAUUAGCAGUUGGCGGGCACCGGGUUGCGACAGUCUUGAUGUAUCUAUCCAAUGUUUCUAGGGGUGGUGAAACAAUUUUUCCUCAAUCAAAGCUAAAAGACACUCAAACAAAGGACGAUACAUGGUCCCCUUGUGCAGCAACUGGUUAUGCAGUGAAACCUCUCAGAGGUAGUGCCAUUCUUUAUUUCAAUCUUCAUCCUGAUGCAACACCGGAUGAGGCUAGUCUACAUGGAAGCUGUAUGGUGCUUGAUGGAGAGAGGUGGACUGCAACAAAAUGGAUCCAUGUGAGAGACUUCAAUCCAAGCAAGCAUUCCAUUGUUUCUGAAGGGGAAUGCACAGAUGAAGAUGCUAACUGUCCCCAGUGGGCUGCAAUAGGGGAAUGCAAGAGGAACCCUGUGUACAUGUUAGGUACUCCGGACUAUUACGGAUCAUGUAGAAAGAGCUGCGGUGCAUGCUAACGUUCUGAAUUCAUCAUGACAACGUUGGUCCACGGUGGAGCAAUCCAUACAGAGAAUUUGCUGGCUGAUCCCAAAGUUCAGCGGUGUCAUGAUAGCUGGAAACCAUCACACAUGUCUGAGAAAUCUGAGGCAUUUGCUGCAUCGUCAUUGAGCUGUUUCUGGUGUGCCUCACUGAGAAGAUGUCUUUCUAGUUCCUAUACAUAUUUUGUCCAAAGGAAGUAACUCAUUUGUUACAAUCUUAAAUGAAAAUUUGUUGUUUUCAA